AUGGAGGCGAAUUGUGUCAUUCAGCCCUGGAAAAGGUACGUGUCGGUUUUUAUUUUAUUCUCUGCCACCAUAAACACGUUGUCUGCCGUUACCCAUUAUUCUAUUCCCGAAGAAAUGGAGGAAGGCUCUGUUGUUGCUAAUCUAGCCGCUGAUUUGGGACUGGACGUGAAAACACUGAGUAGACGGAAGAUGCGGUUAGACAUCAUUGCCAAAAAGAAAUACUUGGAUGUGAACAAAGAAACAGGCGAACUGUACGUUGUUGAGAAGAUAGAUCGAGAAUAUCUCUGCGCUUCUAAAACAGCCACGACUUGUUUUCUGAAAUUGGAUGCGACAAUCGAAAACCCAAUACGAAUAUUCAACAUCGAAUUGGAAAUAAUGGAUAUCAAUGACAAUGCGCCACACUUUCGACGGGAUUCCAUACAUCUGGACAUAUCUGAAUCCACGCCAACCGGGGAAAGAUUCUCGUUAAACAACGCAGUGGAUUCUGAUGUCGGUACAAACUCAGUUAAAACAUACUAUCUCAGUGAAAGUGAGCAUUUUAAUAUUGAAGUUCAGACCGGGAGAGACGGGUCAAAGUUUGCUGAUCUAAUUUUGAAAAAGACUUUAGACCGAGAGGAGCAGGCGGUUCAUAAUCUAAUACUCACCGCUGUAGAUGGCGGAGUCCCCGCGCGGUCUGGCACAGCUAGCAUCAUUGUUCGCGUGCUGGACACGAAUGACAACGCCCCUCAAUUUGAAAAGGAUAAUUACAAUAUAAACAUAAUGGAGAACUAUCCAUUUGGAAGUCUUGUGGUUAAAUUGAACGCAACGGAUAUAGAUGAUGGCACUAAUUCGGACAUUGUCUAUUCAUUUAGUUUGUAUACAUCAGAAAAGGCGAAAGGAACCUUCAGUUUGAACCCAGCUAACGGAGAAAUCAGAGUAAAAGAAAUGAUUAAUUAUGAAGAUUUUAGAAUUUAUGAUAUGGAAGUCAUAGCAACAGAUAAGGGAGCCAAUUCCUUAUCAGGACAGUGUAAGUUAACUCUUCUGGUCACAGAUAUGAAUGAUAAUCAUCCAGAAAUCUCCAUCAAAUCAUUUCAAAGUCCAGUCAAGGAGGAUAUAGCAGUAGACACGGUGAUAGCAGUGGUUAGUGUCAGCGAUAAAGAUUCAGGUGACAAUGGAAAAGUCGAUAUUCACAUUGCUGAUCAAUUGCCAUUUGCACUAAGAGAGUCUUCUGAUAACUAUUAUGAGUUGGUAGUUUCACAACCUCUGGAUCGUGAGAAGGUCCCAGAAUAUGAAAUCACCUUUACCGUAACAGACAGGGGUUCCCCUCCGCUGUCUGACAACGAAACUACGACUUUAGAACUACUAGACGUUAACGACAACGUUCCACAGUUCCCUCAGUCGUUCUACACUAUUCCCGUUAUGGAGAAUAACGCACCUGGGGCCUUGCUAAGUUCCCUCACUGCGUUUGAUCCAGACCUCCAUGAAAACCAGUAUCUAGUUUAUUUCAUCAUAGAGAAGGAGAUAGUGAACACCUCCAUGUCAAUGCUGUUCUCCAUCAAUCCGGAGAACGGUAAUCUUUACGCACUAAAGACGUUUGACUAUGAGAUAGAGAAGGAGUUCCUUUUCCACAUCGAGGCCAGAGACUCGGGUGUUCCUCCGCUCAGCAGUAACGUGACUGUCCACGUCAUUAUUGUGGACCAGAACGACAACACACCGGUCAUAGUGUCUCCAUGGCGCGCGCACGGCUCCGUGGUGGAGGAGAAGAUCCCCAGAUCCACCGAUAAAGGAUCCCUGGUCUCCAAGGUGAUAGCCAUAGACACGGACUCGGUCCAGAACUCUCGGAUUACAUACCAGUUUCUACAGGUUACUGACGCCACCCUAUUCAGUCUGGACCAAUACAACGGAGAGAUACGUACUAUGAGAAUGUUCAGUUACAGAGAUCCGCGUCAUCAACGGCUGGUUGUCAUCGCCAAGGACAACGGGGAACCUGCUCUCUCUGCUACAGUUACGAUCAAGCUCUCAACAGUGGAGACUGCCGUUAAAGCCUACUCUGACAUGACGGAAGUGCCUCUAGAAUAUGACAUAUUUUCAGAUUUAAACCUGUAUUUGGUGAUCGGCCUGGGCUCGGUGUCCUUUCUGUUAUUGAUCACCAUAUUGGUCACCUGUGUGCUGAAGUGUCAGAAACCAAUGCCCAGUAAAGCGGCCCCUCCCAGUAGGAACAGCGUGAUCAGCGAGAGGAACUCGACCAUCGCAGAUUCCACCCUGGUCUCCAACGAUGCCUACUGGUACAGUCUGUUUCUAGCGGAGACGAGGAAAGGAAAGCUGGUAGUCAGACAGCCUGUGCCGAAGGCGGGUUCCAGAUACAUCGUGUCCAGUCUACCAAGGAGCACGGGCCUGACAGAGACCAGCGACUCAGCGGCCUCUACAUUGCAAGUAAGAGUAUACUCUUAA